AGCAAUUUCUAAAUGUGCAUCCAAAUGCCUUCGAGGAUACCCAAACAGAAAAGAGGUGAAAAUUGAUUAUUGAUGUUAAAGGUCAGCGAAGGUCGGUGGGCAAACACUUUCCUACCCCUUGUAUUAAAGAUUCCGAUGAUCAAUCAAAAUUAAAUAAAACCUGACGACCCUUCAAGCAGUUUAGAAAAUAGGAUUGGCUUAAGAUUAAAACGUCAAAGGUGGUGUUUUGUGUCUGCAUCUUUCUCCCAAGAAAUACAUUCCUGGGCGCUCUGGUUUUCUUCCCUUCCGUUCUGAUUUCACUAUGGAGGACAAAACACAACUACAACCAGUCAAUGAUUCUCCUUCUCUGCAUGAAGUCCAAGCCCUAGAUGAUUCUUCCGAUGAAGGCGAGGAAAUCAAUGAAUCCUUUGUUUGUUGCAUUUGUCUAGAGCUGCUCCACAAGCCGAUUGUACUUGCUUGCGGCCACGUUUCUUGUUUCUGGUGUGUUCAUCAUGCAAUGGAUUUUGGGCGAGAGUCCCAUUGUCCGAUUUGUAGAUGUGAGUAUAACCAUUUUCCCAGUAUCUGUGAGCUACUUCACUUCUUGUUGCUCAAGAUGUACCCGAUAACCUACAAGAGAAGGGAGAUGCAAUUGUUAGAAUUAGAAAAGAUGCGGGGUGUAUUCUCGCCACAGCUUGAUCAGAUUAGCUCAUGUCUUGAUUCUGAACCAAAAGCUCCACAUCCUCCUCCUAAUUCUAUCAGUUGUUCUCAGUCCAUCUCGUGUCAUGAAACCAAUUCCAUCUCGUGUCAUGAAACCAAUUCCUCAGUUAAAACCUACCCUGCUCCCAUAGGGAACUCCCCUGAAAAGAGUGCAGAAAAUUCUGUCAGCACAAAGAAUGUAAAUACUGAAGAGAAUACUUAUCUAAAUUACGAAGCAUGCCAGCGAGUUUCCAUCAAUGAUGCACUUUGUAUUACAUGCAAGCAAAUGCUCUUGCAACCCGUAAUUCUUAAUUGUGGCCAUGCAUAUUGUGAAUCUUGUUUAGAAGUACCAGAGAAUGAGGCUCUUAGUUGUCAACUUUGUCAAUUUCCGCAUCCGAAUGGAUUCCCAAAAGUGUGUUUAGUGCUCGAUAAUUUCUUGGAGACAGAAUUCCCCCAAGAGUAUGUGCGGAGAAGAGAGGAUGUUCAGCACAAACCAGUCCGUUCCCAGCAGGGGACUGCGUCAUCAGCCUGUACAACAUCCUCUAAGAAAGAGGUGCCCCUUUCAUCUACUAAACUUAGCGAAUAUUACUCAGCAUGGAUGAGGGGCGAUGGACCGGAUAUUCAUUUUGGAGCUGGUUGUGAUUAUUGUGGGAUUUGUCCAAUUGUUGGCGAAAGAUAUCGAUGUAAGGAUUGUGUGGAAUCCAUCGGCUUUGAUCUUUGUGGUUCAUGUUACAAUACUGGCUCUAAGCGGUCAGGUCGAUUCAAUCAGCAACACACAGAAGGUCACAGUUUUCAACUAAUAAAAGCAAAGCGGUUUUCCGAUGUUAUUGUGAGACUGCUUCCUGUGAUAUCAGAUGACGGUCCAGAAGAUGACUCUGCCUCCUUGGAUCUCCUUGAUGAAGCUCCGGACGACCUCGAAAUCUCUGAUUCAACCAUUUAAUGUUAUUAUGUACUCCAAAGAAAAUCUGGAUGUGAUGAUAAAAUGAAAAAGCAAUGUGAGGGUACCUUUCAGUUUGGCAAAUGUUCCAUUCCUUUUAUUUUUUAUUUAUGUACUCCCUUCGUUUCUUUUUAAUAGGUCAGUUUUGUUUUUAGAGAA